UGAACCGGAACUCUUUAAUUGCAACGGGAAACGGUUAGAAUAAGUGGUUUCCCUUGCCUUGGAAAUUAUAUCAAGUCUUCUGUUCCGUGAUUUGCUUGUUGGACUAGUAUUGCACAAGUGCACACAUCCUAUUUCACCUUUACGAAAACCGACUCUGCGAUUUCAAUUCAUCCAGUGUGGGUGUGCGUACCAGUAUUUUCUCUGCAUGACGGGCAAACAUGAAGGUGAAGGUGAUCUCUAUCCUGGAGGAUAACUACAUGUAUCUGCUGAUCGAGGAGCAGAGCAAAGAGGCCAUCGCAGUGGACCCGGCCGUACCGCACCGGAUGCUGGAGAUUGUGCAAAGGGAAGGAGUCACUCUCACUGCAGUUCUCACUACACACCAUCACUGGGACCACGCCCGGGGAAAUGAGGACCUGGUGAAGAGGAUUCCAGGGCUGAGGGUAUACGGGGGUGAUGAGCGCAUAGGGGGGCUGACUGACAAAGUCACCGACGAACAGGAGCUCAAGUUCGGGGCGAUCAACGUGCGGUGCCUGUCCACUCCCUGCCACACCUCUGGGCACGUGUGCUACUUUGUUUGGGAGGAUGACUGCUCCGACGCUCCCGCCGUCUUCACAGGAGACACGCUGUUCGUGGCGGGCUGCGGGCGGUUCUUUGAGGGGACUGCAGAGCAAAUGCACCACAACCUGACCAAGGUGCUGGGCUCCCUUCCACAGGAUACGAAGGUGUUCUGUGGGCAUGAAUACACCAUCAAGAACCUGAAGUUUGCACUGAAGGUGGAGCCAGAGAACGAGAGGGUGAAAGAGAUGCUGAGCUGGGCCAGGGGGAGGGAUGAUGACGACAAGCCCACAGUUCCCUCCACGCUGGUGGAAGAGUUCGACUACAACCCAUUCCUGCGUCUCUCAGAGAAGAGCGUGCAGAAGUUCACAGGUAAGACGGACCCGGUGGAGGUGCUGAGGGUGCUGCGCAGGGAGAAGGACAGCUUCUCCAAGCCCAAGGACAGGCCGCCGCCCCACGCCAUGCUGGCCCUGCAGUGGGGCCUGCUGGGACCCUGAGGCUCCGCCCCCUCCUGAUAUCAUGGUAAAAGGAAACGUAGAAACCGACAAACCUGCUAGGAGAACCCCUAUGAAACCAGCCUUGGUCGUCUCUGGGGAACGUUGGUGGAGCGAGCGGCUAAUGUUCUUUUGUGCGGUAUUUCUUAGGCCUAUAAGCUCUGCACGAGGAGUAUCUCCCACACGGCUGUGCAAACGAGUCCACUCUCCCUUACAGUGAGGACUGGAGAUACUGAGGCACACGGCCACUAGGAUGUUUGCAGUACGCACGUACCUGUUCCUUAGGUAUACCUCUAAUUUCUGCACAUUGGCCAUUUCUCAGUAUGGUCCAGACUUAACCAAUCUAAAACACUGUAAAUCCACAUGACCAUGCAUCCCCCCUCAAUGUGGAUUCAUUUGUGAAUUAAUAUUUAGGAAAUAUUAAUCUUAUCUGUGUUAAAUGCUUGAAUAUUUUUUUUUAACCAGCAUCCUUGACAAUAGUAUAAUUUUUGUCAAACUUCUAGCUUCACAAUCCAGUUUUAUCAACAGUCAAAUGUAGUGAGAUUGCAGACGAUGGUUCUUUUUUUUUUUUGCAUGCGUUUUGUAAUUUAACCCAAUGGUUGUCAACCUUGGUUCUGGGGGCCCACUGUGUAUGCUUUUCAUUUUUUAUAGGAAUUAUUUAUCCUCUUAAGCCACAUUAUGUCAGAAAUUGCUAUGCAUGCCAUAGAGAAUUAAAGUUCCAUAUUCACAGUGUGCUAUAUUGUAAACGAUUACAUAAAGAGGUUAAAAAAACUAAUCAAAUUAAAGACUGAGGUGAAUAAACAGGCUCCUAAUUGUGAUUUUUAUUCUUCAUGACAUGCAUAGAAAAUUGUGGCUUAAGGGGGUAAAUGAUCCCUCUAACAUGAAAUGCACCCAAUUAAGAAAAAUUAACAGCUUGUUAAAAUUGUGGAAUUGCAGUUGUGGUUGGAGUGAAAACCAGCAUACACGGGACCCCCAGGACUGGGGUUGGGAACCACCGCGUUAACUCUUCUCAACACGUCGUCUGGAGUUCAGCAGCGCCUACAUUUAUGUUUUUACACGAUUUCGGUUUUUAACGUGGAAAUUACAGAUAAAUCUAUGCAAAUGAUUUCAAAAUGAACCCUUUUUGCCUUUGGAUCAGUUUGUACAAACAUUUGAUUCAAGGAAUUAUUUUUCUUUAUUUAAACACAAUGCGUCUUAACCCAUUCACCUUCAGAAAAAGCCACUAAAGAUUAGAGUGUAGUUCCACUCUUCAAAUUUUUUUUUGUUUUGUUCUCGGUCGGCGAAAUAUAUGAAUCAUUAGACCGAACUGAUCCGAGGCUUAAAGCAGCACUCCAGAUGCAGAGCGGGUGUGGGCCGCUCCACGUUUUACUAGAAGCAGGUUAGUGCUGAACCCACCAGCAGAAGCAUCCAAUCCGGGUGCUCCUCUACUUACAGGAAAGCCUGACAUUCUAUGCGCUGGUAGUGCUGUUUUAUACCGCCAUUACCUUUAAGCCCAGAACACUGCAGGAGUGUCACCCACUCACGUUCAGUAGCACUUUACACUUACGACAGAUUACUAAGAUUUUAUUAUUGUGAACAAUUAUGAAUAUAAUUUGACAGAAUUAUUAUUAUUAUUGUUAUAUAUAUAUUUUUUUUUUCCUUAUUUGAACAGUGAACUUUAAAAAAGAGAAUGUAACUGAUGUGGCAUGGCCUACUGACCCAAAGAGCCUGCAUGUGAUUCUCACUUCAGUGUGUCAUUAAAUGCUUAAACGGCUCUUUUGCACCUGACAAAUAAAGCACAUUUAAAAUU